AUGAUUCUUAAAAACAAAGGAAGAGCGAUAUGUCGGUACAACGAAAAUGAAGUUUUGCCAAAUGUCGAAGGAGUAGUCGGUAAACAAAAGUAUAGGACGGAUAGAAGAGAAAUACUCAAUCGCGACAUUCAUCACGCACUUCAUGCUGAUUUGAUGGAACACAUUUAUAGGACUUAUAUUCAACCAUCGAUAGAGUUUUCUCGCGAUGAUUUGUUUGAUGAAUCAGACGAGGAUUCUCAUAUGUUCUUCAACAACGAAGAUUUCGAUGACGAGAAUGAUGUUCGCGAGACUGAGGAAGAAGAUGAGGUUGAUGACGAGGAUGAUGAUUCUGAGUGA